AGUUUGGAGGGAGGGGUCUGCGUGCUGCUGCUGAGUGCUGCUGUUGCGGGCAAGGUGGGUGUAAACAGGCAUUGAGAGGAUAGCUGGUGUAACCGUGGGAACCGAGGGCUGCACGGGGUGGACAGGGGAGGACACAUAGUAGGGCGCGCCACAAUCGGGGCAUGUACCUGCUGGGUUUUCCUUGAGUUCCAGUCUCACCUUAUAUCCACAUCGGAUGGUGAAUGAAACCGAUCCGCGUCCAGAACAGACACACUGACAGACAAAGAUGGAAAGUCAAGGCAGCCGCUGUAAGAUCGUGGUGGUCGGAGAUACGCAAUGUGGUAAAACUGCGCUCCUACAUGUUUUUGCGAAGGACUGCUAUCCGGAGAACUAUGUCCCCACCGUUUUUGAAAACUACACGGCCAGUUUUGAAAUCGAAAAACAGAGGAUUGAGUUGAACAUGUGGGACACGUCAGGUUCCUCGUAUUAUGACAACGUGCGGCCGUUGGCCUAUCCUGACUCAGACGCUGUGCUCAUCUGCUUUGACAUCAGUCGCCCAGAGACUCUGGACAGUGUUCUGAAGAAGUGGCAGGGGGAGACCCAGGAGUUCUGUCCCAAUGCCAAGGUGGUUCUGGUGGGUUGUAAGCUGGACAUGAGGACCGACGUGAGCACCCUGAGAGAGCUGUCCAAGCAACGCCUCAUCCCCGUCACACACGAACAGGGUAGUGGGUUGGCCCGUCAGAUAGGUGCGGUAGCCUACGUGGAGUGCACCUCCAAGGUGUCGGAGAACAGUGUACGGGACGUGUUCCACAUCACCACGCUGGCGUCUGUGCGGCGGCCACACAAGCCUCAGCUGAAACGCAGCAGCUCCCGCCGGGGCCUCAAACGGGUGUCCCAGCUGCCCCUGCCCCCCCUGCCCGGUCGGACUGAUACCCUGGAUCCUGCCCCUGUCAUGCAGAAGGACCGGGCCAAGAGCUGUGUGCUCAUGUAGAGACCCACCAAGACAAAUAUAUAUACUGUACUGUAUGUAUACAUACUGUACUGUAUGUAUCUCUCUCUCUCUCUCUCUCUCUCUCUCUCUCUCUCUCUC